AUGCCUUGUCCAAAAAAGAAAUCAACAACAGCAAAGAAAAUAAACAGAUUGGCUAGUAGUGGAGCUUUUAUUAAAAAAAUACAAUUGGAAAAUGAAGAUUAUGUGGACUUGGAGUUUGACCAUGAAGACGGUAUUGUUUUGGACAACAGAGAACUCCAGGGAAUGUCAGAAGAAGUUACUUCAGCUGCAUAUACAAACCAGAUUCUGAAAUGGCAUGAAGGUGCUGAUAAGUCGAUUUGUGGAACUUAUCAGAAAAAUUCGCAAACAACUGAAUGGAGAAAAAGAAAAGCAGAUAAUGAUGCUUCAAAUACGCAAGAAAGCUACAGUCUUACAGAUACAGGCUUCUUUAUUAAAGUUCAAAAAGAGGCUCCAAUUGAAUUAAAAGAAUCUAUUGAUAGUAAAUUGGAGAACAUACAGAUUGACAAAAUUGCUGUGCUUAAACUUGCACAUGAAGAUGUUAAGAAAGAGAUUUUCCCUUAUACUCGCGCAGGUCCUUCUUCAAAGUGCCAAAACUAUGGAAGCCUCAGAAAAAGCAUCAAUGGAAAUAUGGCUUCACAAAAACACUUAUUGUCUAGCUGCUAUAAGAAAUCUACUAUUUGUAAAUGGAUUCAGAACCAGAGACCUGAAAGUCGAAGUCUUAUCAAAGUGAAGAUGUACAUUGAUGGAGAGAUUUUGCCAAGAAAGUUUGGUAUAUCUGGAAAUAGUUUUACCAGUACAAUCUGGAAGUAUCUUCAUGAAUGGGAUUAUGUGUUUAGAGAGAACUCAAAAGACAUUUAUUACAAUGGUCAUGAAAGAGAGGAUCUGAUUGCAUAUCAUCAGAAAUGGGCAAAAAGAAUGAUAGUAUCCAAUGAAAUACAGCAUGUUCUUGUUACUCACGAUGAGUUGACAUUCUAUACAAACAAUGGGAAAAAUAUCAUGUGGCUAAUGGAAGAUGAAAAUCAAAUUAGUAAGAAAGAUCUAGAAAUGUCUCUCAUGAUCAAGGUAUUCCGCCCCAGGGCCGACAGAGAUGGGUACUGGAUGAGUGCAGAUAUGUUGAAGCAAUUGAAAAACAAUAUUAUUCCUCUUUUUGAAUUGUUUCACCCAGAGUGCAAUGCUGUCUUUUCAUUUGACCAAAGCACAAAUCACAGAGUCAAAAUGAAGCUAAAUGACAAUGAGAUUAAAGACAACAAUCCUUGUUCUUUGCAGGAUACAGUAUUUGUCCAGAAUGAUCAACUAGACUGUAAGAGUAAAGACACCUAUGAAGAUAGCAAGUGCUGUGCACAUCAUUUUCUAGCUUCACAACCAGAUUUUAUGUCACAAAAAACUGCUCUUUAUGAGGCUGUCAAAGACUCUGGUCAUAUAUUUGAACUUUACCCCAAGUUCCAUUGCAAAUGCAAUUAG